AUGGCCGAGCUCACCGAAAAUGGUUUCGUCAAGCUGCCCUCCCUGCGUCAACUCCUGCCAAAACGCGACCCCACACCCGAGCCGGAAGAAAACAUCCCCCGGCCUUACUACAACGAGUAUGGCCACUGCGACGGUUUCGUGGCAUGGUGGGAUAACAGAACCGGCAAGGGCAUGAUCAUCGAUCAUCGCUACGGCGUGGAGCACAAGAUUGAGCUCAAGGACAUCAAGUGGUCCAACUACGGUGCGCUGGUUCCGGGGUCCAUGGUCGAGUACGAGUACUCCGAUCAUGGGCUCAGCAAGGGUGUCAGCAAGGUCUGGGUCGUGUCUGGAUGCGAGUACGUGCUGUAUGCGGACGCAUGGAGGGAUGAUACGAAGUACUUCUACAUGCAGAAUGAGAAGCGAGAGUAUUAUGAGCGAUCGACGAGGGGAAGGUAG